AUGAUCGUGUCCAACGUGAGCCUGAGCGGCUGCGCAGGGGUCAACAGCGCUCUUUGUGCCGGAGCCGGGGAAGGGCACCUGGGGGGAAGCUCAUACCGGACCAGCCUCUCUCCGACAGGGAACCUGGUGGUGGCUGUGUGCUUAGGCUUCAUCGGCACUUUGGGACUACUCAACAACCUGCUGGUGCUCGUUCUCUUCUGCCGUUACAAGAUACUGCGGUCGCCCAUCAACCUGCUCCUGAUUAACAUUUCCAUCAGCGACCUGCUGGUGUGCGUACUGGGGACUCCGUUCAGCUUCGCAGCCAGCACGCAGGGAAGGUGGCUCAUAGGAGAAGGGGGCUGCGUGUGGUACGGUUUCGCCAACUCCCUCUUUGGCAUCGUGUCCCUGAUUUCCCUGGCCGUCCUCUCCUAUGAGCGCUACAGCACCAUGAUGGCUCCCACUGAGGCAGACUCCUCCAACUACUGUAAGGUCUCCCUGGGCAUCGCUCUGUCCUGGGUCUACUCCCUCAUCUGGACCCUCCCGCCGCUUUUCGGCUGGAGCCAUUACGGCCCCGAGGGACCCGGGACCACCUGCUCUGUCGACUGGAAGGCCAAGACGGCGAAUAACAUAUCUUACAUCGUCUGCCUGUUUGUCUUCUGCCUCAUCGUGCCGUUCCUGGUCAUCGUGUUCUCCUACGGGAAGCUGCUGUGCGCCAUCAGACAGGUGAGUGGGAUCAAUCCAUCGAUGAGCAGGAAACGAGAACAGCGCGUGUUAUUCAUGGUAGUGGUUAUGGUGAUCUGCUACUUAUUGUGCUGGCUGCCAUAUGGCAUCAUGGCUCUGGUGGCUACCUUCGGGCCACCGGGGCUGGUCACGCCCGAGGCAAGCAUCAUCCCCUCAGUCCUGGCCAAGACGAGCACGGUCAUCAACCCAGUCAUCUAUGUCUUCAUGAAUAAACAGUUUUACAGAUGUUUCCAAGCGCUGCUGCACUGCGAGGCUCCUCGACGAGGCUCAAGCUUAAAGAGCUCUUCCAAAGUUGCCACCAAGGCCGUGAGGGGUGGGGCAGCCACUGGUCCCCGCCGUACCAACGACUUCCUAUUCAUGGUAGCUUCCCUGGGUCAACCAGCAACCACAGUGCCCCAACUGGGACCACCCUUUGAACCCACGAUUGAUGUCACCAAAGCCCCAUCUUCAGACAUCAACAAACCAGUUGUAGUAUCACUAGUGGCCCACUUUGAUGAGUGA